GCGUUCGUAUCUGUCGGUCGAACUAAAGUUCCUUUAGACAAAGAAUGGACUGAGCUUGCUUUAAAAGAAUUAAAAGGCAAAGAUCCGGAAAAAACGUUAACAUGGCAUACCGCAGAAGGAAUAGAUGUAAAGCCUGUUUAUACAAAAGUAGAUGCUGAAAUCAUUAAAGAUGAGAUCCCGGGAAAAUUUCCUUUUACAAGGGGUCCAUAUGCUACUAUGUAUACAGCAAGGCCUUGGACUAUUCGACAGUAUGCUGGAUUCAGUACUGUGGAAGAAUCAAAUGCUUUUUAUCGGAGGAAUUUGGCUGCUGGCCAACAAGGUCUUUCUGUUGCAUUUGACUUGGCUACGCAUCGAGGUUAUGAUUCAGAUCAUCAACGUGUAGUGGGUGAUGUUGGCAUGGCUGGUGUUGCAAUUGAUUCUGUAGAGGACAUGAAGGUUCUUUUUGAUGGAAUUCCGCUUAAAACAAUGUCUGUUUCUAUGACAAUGAAUGGUGCUGUGUUACCAAUUUUAGCUAUGUAUAUAGUAGCAGGCUUAGAACAGGGUGCUCAAUUAAAAGAAUUGUCUGGCACUAUACAGAAUGAUAUUCUCAAAGAAUUUAUGGUUCGAAAUACGUUCAUAUACCCGCCAGAACCAUCAAUGAGGUUAAUUGGUGAUAUUUUUUCUUACACUGCAAAGAAUAUGCCGAAAUACAAUUCAAUUUCUAUAUCUGGCUAUCAUAUGCAAGAGGCUGGUGCUGAUAAUGUUCUUGAACUGGCUUUCACUAUUGCUGAUGGUUUAGAGUAUGCUAGAACAGGUAUCAAAGCAGGAAUGUCAAUUGAUCAAUUUGCUCCAAGAUUAUCUUUCUUUUGGGGUAUUGGGAUGAAUUUUUAUAUGGAAAUUGCAAAAAUGAGAGCUGCUCGCCGUUUAUGGGCUCAUAUGAUUCAGGAAAAGUUCAACCCAAAAAAUAAAAAAUCAUUAAUGUUACGUACACAUUGCCAAACCUCCGGUUGGUCACUUACCGAACAGGACCCAUAUAAUAAUAUUGUGAGAACAACUAUAGAAGCAAUGGCUGCUACGCUAGGAGGGACACAAUCCCUUCAUACAAAUUCAUUUGAUGAAGCAGUGGGUCUUCCAACAGAAUUUUCUGCCCGCAUUGCACGAAAUACUCAACUUAUUAUCCAGGAAGAAGCUUUUAUCCCAAAAGUUGCUGAUCCUUGGGGUGGUAGUUAUAUGAUGGAAAAUUUGACUGAUGAAAUUUAUCACGCUGCAAGUAAAGUUGUGGAAGAAGUAGAGGAAAUGGGUGGUAUGGCAAAAGCUGUAGCAAGUGGAAUGCCAAAACUAAAAAUUGAAGAGAGUGCAGCUCGAAGACAGGCUAGAAUCGAUUCUGGUCAAGAGACAAUUGUUGGAGUAAAUAAAUAUCGACUUGAAAAAGAGACAGAAAUCGAAGUCCGCACUAUUGACAACACUAAAGUAAGAGAAGAACAAAUCGAACGUAUAAAAAAUGUCAAGGCGGCGAGAGACGAAACACUAGCACAAAAUACAUUAAACGCUCUAGAAGAGUGCGCAAGAACACAAAAUGGAAAUUUAUUGGAAUUGGCUAUUGAAGCAUCAAAGGCGCGAUGUACCGUGGGUGAGAUAUCAUAUGCACUUGAAAAAGUCUGGGGGCGUCACGAACCAACGAGUCGUGUUGCCAGUGGUGCCUAUAAAUCUGCGUAUGGAACUGCGGACGAAACAGAAGAGACAAUGAAACUAGUAGAGCAAACAAAAGAAAAGUUGGGUGUUAACCCAAGAAUUUUAGUGGCAAAAUGUGGCCAAGAUGGACAUGAUCGAGGUGCCAAAGUGAUUGCUUCAGCCUUCAGUGAUUUUGGAUUUGAUGUCGAUCUAUCUCCAUUAUUCAGUACACCCGAAGAAGUAGUACGUCAAGCUAUUGACAAUGAUGUCCAUGUUAUUGGUGUUUCUUCACAAGCAGCUGGACAUAAAACACUGAUACCGGAACUUAUAAAUGAGCUUAAAAGACUCGGUAUAAAUGACAAAAUUGUAGUAGUUGGGGGUGUUAUUCCACAUCAAGAUUAUAAAUUCUUAUACGAUGCAGGAGUAAGUUCAAUAUUUGGACCUGGCACUAAAAUUCCCCAAGCUGCUAAAGAAGUUGUCUUAAAAAUUCAACAAAACAUAAAAGAUGAACCUAUAACAUCUGAUAAAUCUGUUAAUUUACAUUAG